CUGAGCAUCAGCACAAAACCGACCGCCAACCUGGGCCAAGACCAGCUUCUCAGCUGUUAUCUUGCCACGGAAACUCAACAAAACAGACUCAGUGAGGUCACCUGGGAGAAGAAGGAGCUGCAGGUUUAUAAGUAUGAGAAUGGAGCUCCAGCCCUGGAGGGCCAGGCCCCGGCCUUCAAAGGGAGAGUCCAGCUCUUCCCUGAUGCUGUGACCACUGGAAACGCCUCCCUGCUGCUGAGGGGUGUGCGCAGGAGUGACGAGGGAGAAUACACCUGCACUAUCAAGUCAUCCGCAGGCCAAGGGAAGAUCAACAUUCAGCUCAGAGUGGCAGCGUUUUCAGCUCCCACUUUCAGGUUAUCAGACGACGUUAUGAUCGCCGAGGCCGUUAGAUGGUUCCCUCAACCCACUGUUACCUGGACCAACCAGGCAGGAGAAGUCCUGGAUGCAAACACCAGUUUGACGGAAAGCUCGGCAGGGAUAUUCAGCGUCGUCAGCUGGCUGCAGCCGGCCGGGGACCACAGCCUGAAGAUGGAAAAUGAUUUAGUGAUGGCACUGUCUAACACCAUCAUAACAGGCACUGCUGUUUCAAGCAGAACCUUCUUCACCUUCAGUGCUGCUCCUUCCCUGCUUGCAUCAGUUCACCUGAACGUCAUGGUCGGCCUCCUCUGUGCACAUUAUGUUACAUAGUUAAGCCCGGUGACACAAAAAUUACAUGUUGAACACUUUGGCGUGUGUUUGAAUUGUUUACAACGCAUCAGAAGAAGCAAAGAAAGACACUUCUAACAUUUUUUUCUAGACAUUUCUUUGCUUUUCCUCUUAGUUUAUGGCAGUUUUUAGACGUAAUGGUGCAUUUAGUAGAUAAGUUAUCCAUUUUCUUUUGACUGUAAAAUCCCUGAGGCCCCUGGUAUGGACAUACUGUGUGAAAUUAGCACGUUUACAUGUGAAAAACAUGGUUCUAAAUCAUGUUCUCUUUGGUUUCUUGGAUGCUGUGCUGCUGGAAGGAGUGGAGAAAGUUUGGUGAAAGACUUCCAACUAAGACAACUUGUAGUAUCAAAAAGGACUCGAUGCACAUCCAAUAGCCACCAUAUAUUGCUGUUAUGAUAAAAAAAAAAAAACUAACAAACUGGUUUGUGUAACACGUUCCUCUCUGCUCUACAUGUCUGUCCACCAAAUGUGUUUCUGUUGUCAAUCAACUGAACACAAAACUUAAUCUACUGAACACAAAAACAAUACCGCAGUGGUCUGGUUUCCCUCUGGGAUUAAUAAAGUAUUAU